AUGGAAAUUGCUAGCUAUGAAUCACUGCCAGUUCUUCCACCUGAGUUAACAUCUGAAAUACUCCUAAGGCUACCUGUGAAAACAUUGUUGAAAAUGAGGUGUGUUUCUAAAUCUAUGCUUUCUCUAAUCUCUAGUCACCAAUUCAUCAGAAACCAUCUAAAACUUUCAGCCAAUAAUCAAGAAUUUACUUACCAUAGGCUUCUUUUUAGAAACUUUGAGUUUGAUAAUAAUAGCUUGACUUUUUACACUUACCCUUUGUACCCAACUAAGUAUGAAGUACCUCAACAUAUACCUACUGAGCUUGAUUUUUCUUGUGAAGAUACAUUUGGUGAUCGAUAUCGAAUCUUGGGUUCGUGUGAUGGGUUGUUUUGUAUUUCUCGUGAUUUUGAGGAUUUGUUUAUAUGGAAUCCAUCUACAAGAAAGUUGAAAGAAUUGCCCCCUUCAGGAAUUAAUGUGCCCCGUACGGAUAGUUUUGAUGAUAUUUCGUAUGGAUUUGGUUAUACUGAGCUUCAAAGUGAUUACAAAGUUGUAGAAAUUGUGGGAAGUCAACACAAUAAUAGUUAUGAUGUUAGUGUUUAUAGUUUAAGAAGUAAUUCUUGGAAAAGAAUUCAAGAGUACCCAAAUAUUAUCUUAUGGGAUCAUUCUGGUAAAUUUUUAAAUGGAAAAAUUCACUGGAUCGCCGGAGAUCGUGUUGGUGGUGUUAGAUUUAUUUCUUCAUUCAACCUUGCAGAUGAGACAUUUGGAAAUGUAGCGUUGCCCGACCUGAAUGAGUAUGAAUUUGACUGGGAAAUAGGUUCUUCUGGACGUAAUAUAUGUUUAUUUUGUUGCGAGGAAAACAAGACAGAUGUGUGGGUAAUGAAAGAGUAUGAGAUUGUUGAGUCAUGGACCAAGGUGUUUUCGAUCCCCUCACGAGACUAUGAAGCUUGUCCGAUUUUCAUCUCUCAGAAUAAUGAAAUUUUGGUGCACCAAUCUAGAAGUUUAGUGUGGUAUAAUUCACGACAUAACACUUUCAUGCAUCCUGAGUUUCGGAUACGUUGUGAUGCUGCAAACAAUCUUGGUCUAUACAAUGAAAGUCUUGUUUCUCCAAAUUUUCUGGAGGAACCUACGGAUCAAUGA